CCGGAUGGCACUGCGCUUUCCCUCACGGACACCAGACAAGUAGCUUCCAUCCCAAGUAAAACCACCACCCACCGUUGAGAACUCUCCAAUAUGGCGAGAAGAAUCCCAUUCAUCAAUAUGGAGUUUGCCGAACUGAAAGCAGUCGUAUGGGCGAAACUCCAAGAGCCCCGAACCCAAAGAAAACUAGUGUUGAUUAUAGUGUCUAUAGCUUUGCUACUAGAUAAUAUGUUAUACAUGGUAAUAGUCCCUAUAAUCCCAGAUUAUCUACGGUAUAUUGGAGCCUACGAAGAUUUCACGGUUCCGGGAAACGAGUCGCUUCCACCAGGUACACCCAUGAAGCACGACCACCAUGGCCAGGAUCAGGCUACCGGCAUCCUAUUCGCAUCCAAAGCAAUAGUCCAGCUCAUGGUAAACCCAUUCUCCGGAGCGAUAAUCGACCGCAUCGGUUACGACAUUCCCAUGAUGAUAGGAUUGACCAUAAUGUUCCUCUCGACAGCAGUGUUCGCUUGUGGCCGGAGUUACGGCCUCCUCUUCUUCGCCCGAAGCCUACAGGGAGUGGGAUCGGCGUUCGCAGACACCUCCGGACUCGCCAUGAUCGCAGAUCGAUUUACGGAAGAAAACGAACGUUCACAAGCUCUCGGGAUCGCCCUGGCGUUCAUCAGUUUUGGUUGUCUCGUAGCACCACCCUUCGGCGGAGCCCUUUAUCAGUUCGCAGGCAAGGAGGUGCCUUUUCUAAUUUUGGCGUUCGUUUCACUGAUAGACGGUUUCAUGCUACUGCUGGUUAUGAAACCUAUCAAAGCCCAAAUAAAAGAAUGCCAAAUGGCCAAACCGCCAGGCGUGCCUAUUUGGAGACUGUUUAUGGACAAGUAUAUUGCAGUUUGUGCGGGGGCUCUUAUGAUGUCCAACGUAGCUUUAGCCUUCUUGGAACCAACAAUCACCCUUUGGAUGGAGGACAAUUUAACAACGGAAAGCUGGAAAACCGGAAUAAUAUGGCUACCAGCGUUUUUCCCACAUGUCUUUGGGGUUAUUAUCACAGUAAAAAUGGCAAAAAAAUAUCCGCAAUACCAGUGGAUUAUGGCAGCGGGAGGCUUGGCCUUAGAAGGACUAUCGUGUUUCAUAAUUCCCUUUGCAAAUUCCUACAUUUUCCUUAUGGUCCCCAUUUGUACCAUAUGUUUCGGUAUCGCUUUAAUAGAUACAGCUCUUCUUCCUACCCUCGGAUACCUGGUGGAUGUCCGUUACGUUUCAGUAUACGGAAGUGUUUAUGCAAUCGCAGACAUUUCUUAUUCGCUAGCAUACGCCGUUGGACCUAUUAUUGCCGGCGGUGUCGUAGAGGCAAUAGGUUUCACAGCACUUAAUGUACUUAUAGCUUUCAGUAAUUUACUUUAUGCGCCGGUACUGAUGUACCUCAAACAUAUCUACGACUUCAAACCGUUCGAGAACGAAGCCAACGUUCUAAUGCAAGAUCCUCCAAAUAAAGAAUAUCAAACUUAUACGAUGCACGACCAAAAACCCAUUUCAAGUGAAAUACAAAAUCAUUUGGAAUACCAACAACAAGAAACAGAUUUGAGCGCUAAUUAUCAACAGGGGUACCAACAACAAAACUACUCGCAAAAUUACCAAAAUACAUAUCAAGAACCGCCUUAUCAAGAAACUCCAUUCCAGCAGCAGCCACCUCCUCGUCCGCAAGGUCGUGUGCUGCCGCAACAACCUGAAGUGGCUAAUCCAUUCAGACCUCAAGUUCAAUCCACUGGAGGUAACCCUUUUAAACAAGGAUUUUAAAAACAGGUGUGUGUAUGUGUGUGUAUAAGUGUACAUUCGGAUUCUAAGUGUUUUUUCAUUUUAUGUAUAUACCAUACCAAAUUGUUCCUCUUGUUAUAUAUAUUUUGUAGAUUAGAUAAAUCAUUAUAUCCAGUAGGUGAAAAUAGCUUUGAGUGAGGCCAAUCAGCUCAAAUAUUCGAAUAUUUGGGAGGUCCAGGUCGAAAAUGAAAUAUCGAAAAUUUCAAAUUUAUGUUUUUAAGUCGUCUUGAUUUAGAUCUCUCCUAAUUUGAAUUGAUAAAGAGACAGGUAAAAAUUUGACGUUUCGAUUCUUUGCGGUCUCUAUCAAAAUAUAAUAUUGACACUGACAAUUUGCAUAUUUAUAUUUAGAAUAUAUCUUUAGAAUAAACAAAUUUCAAAUAAGAAGAUAUCUACAUUCAAGACGAUUCAGAAACAUAUCAAAAGGUCUGUCUAAUGAAUAAGAAAUUGAAGAAACUUUAAUUCUGUUAUUUAUCGCUAUAAUUUUAGUAAGACGUUUUUUAUAUGUCUUCAUAUUUUUAUAGAAGCUCUAGUCUGUAAUAUAUGAAAUAAUACAGUGUGUUCAGGAACUGCUGAACUCAAACAAGAUAUGAUUUUAUGUCAUUUCAACCAUAUAAUACGCCUUUUGAUGAUUAAUGUUAUAGAAUCGCCUCUUCAAAACAUUCUUAGAAAAUGCGCUACCUACAAACUUAGAACUUGAUAUAUUGUAUACAUGUGCAGUGAUUAAUUUUCCAAAAAUUCGAAAAUUAUGUUUGUAUGCUUUAAAUUAUUAUUAUGCUGGGUUUUUGACAAAAUAUUCACUUAUUUAGUUCUAUUCUAUUAUUAUUAGCUGUCACAUCAUCAACAUACCAAAGAUUUUUCUUUACUUCAUGACAAUAUCAUUUUAUAACUCAAAAUUAUAAAUUGAUAAUAUUGAACAGCAUGAAGCAGAAAAAUUAAAAUAAAAAGACAGCUAUCGUACAGUAACCAUAAGUAUUGUCGUGUCAUUGGACAAACGUUUUUUAUUAACCAAUGUUACCUCGCUGUAUCAAGAUAUCAUUGUAGAUUAAUAAAAUUUAUCAAUUUUGAAGUUUGCCAAGGAAUCGCUUUUUUAAUAUGCUCAAAAAAGGCCACUAGCAAUCCACUACCUGGAUAUAAAAUCACAUCUUAUAGUUUGGUAGGAGAUUUUCUGGACACAUUGUAUAUAUUCAGUACUGGUACUGAAAUUGAUUUAUUUUCAUAGGUAAUUGUUAGAUAGGGUGUGUAGGGAUAUUGUGCAAUAUUGAAUUGGUAUCACUCAAAUCUUUAGGUCAAUUCUUUAACCAAAAUUCAAAAUCUAUUUCUCAAUACGGUUCAGUUAUAUUAUUUUUUUUUCUCAUUAUUAUAUGCAGUAAAAUUCUCAGCUUUUUCACUAUUGAAUUGGUUUUCAGAAAAAGUUCAGUAUUCAGUGUUUAAAAAUCAGUAUAAAGUGUGGAAUACCAAACUAAUUAUAAUAAAUAUUUUUUGCUUAAUAUACUUCCUUGAAAAAAAUGAUGAUUCCAUUGACAUAACCAUUUUUAAAGAUACAUUUCAAUUGAUUUAUGACUAAACUUUAUCUGCUAUUCAUUCGAAAAAAGUUUUCCUAUUGAAUCCAGUCAGUUUAUAAUGUAUAUUUUAUUUCCAAUAAAUAUGUACAAGAUUCCAUUUGGUUUUCUCACACUGUAUGAUGAAGACGAGCUACUGAUAUUUGAGAUAUAAUUACUGGAAAUACACCCUUACUUAAUAGGAGAAAUAGGAAAUUAUGCGAAUUUCAAAAUAUUUUAUGAGAAAGAAUCAUAAAUUUUGUGUUUCACUUGAGAACAACAGCUUACCAAUGGCAAAAAAAUGCGCAAGGCAAAUUAUAAUUACUAUAUAAUAAAUUAUUGAAUCCUAUUUCAGCACAUUGUAAGAUAUCUCCACAUUUCUCAUAGUUUGAUCAGUGGAAGGAGAGCCCAAUGAAGGAUUCUAUAAAAUUCAUUAUAAAGAAGAAACUAUGUGAAAAUUUAUCUCCAAAAAACUUCAGCUCACUAGAUAAAAGUGAGGUUAUGUUAAUCAUUUGUUGGAAAGUAUGUAUUUCAAUAAUAUGAUCAUUUGAGUAUAACACGAUGAAAGGGAAGAAUCCCAAACUUGUAAGAAAAACUGUACGCUUCCACAGCGUUCAUAUAUUUCUUUAUUUUGAAGGGAAUCAUGAAGCAAUGAUUAAAAUGCUAUGAUAUGUCAAUCUCUACAAGCCCCACAUGUCGAUAUUGUAGAUGAACCCUCAGUAAAGCAUGUAUUUCGUCAUUCCCUAUUGUUUUAUUUUUCUCUAUCUCCAACUGUCCUAAACAGUAUGAUAAGAAUUGCUCAUAUGAAGAUAAUCUUGAAAAAAUGAAAAACUACACAUACUCUUAUUUACCAUGUUCGGUAUUUGCAAUGACGAAAAAGUUAUCAACCAUUUAAUUCAAAAUACAACAAGCGAUGAUUAUAUUUCGAAAUCUCCUGAAACGUCUAGAUCAUUUUUGAGAUUAUCUAAGGCUUCAUCUCUAUUUUGUACCCAAAUGGUAAUUUAAUAUAUUUACACCGCGGAAAAUUAAAUACUUUAGAAUAUUUUCUUGCUAUUUUACAUUUUUACCACAAUUUUGAAAAUCUGUCGACGUUUAUCUCACGAUUUAGAAGGUGAAAUAUUAUAAAACCUUUUCUUUUAUCUAAAAUUGGAAAUCUUAUAGGUUCUAGUGAAGCCUACAACAAUAUAUUGGUCAGAUUGGCAAUCGUAUUGCUUUAAAAAUACUAUAGUAGAGUGAUUCAAUGAGAAUUUGCAGUAACGAAAUCUAAUGUGAACUUAUGAGGUACUGACUUCUUUUUCUUCAAAAUAAAUAGCGAUUGAGAAUGUGAGAUCAAUUUUUUCCCACAAAUUCAUGGCCCUUCGACCUUGUAUUACACUCAAAUUGUCAAAAUAUUGAAAUGGAUAUUUUCCAACUAUAUAUGGUUGUUUUACUUUUAUGUGAAGAUUUCUGAUAGUUCCUAUUUUUUCGAAUAUGAUUGGUUACACUCGACACAGUUUAUAAAGCACUUAGUUGUGGUGCUGAAUGGGAUCCAACUUUGCUCCCUUACAACUUUUGUAUCCUAUUGGAAAUGAGAUUAGUUAAUUUUCAAAAAUAUACCGAAUAUUUGUGCUCUUUUGGUAUUUUCCAAAACUGGAAUUGAAAAACUUCUUUUAUUAAUUUUCAACACCUAGUGAGAUCCCAAGAAUUUUUAUCUAAUCACCAUUUUUUUCUAUAUCUCCAACAGUUUUUAUGAUUCUCUCUCAAAGUUAUAUUGUCAAAUGUCUUUUAUAUAAAUGUGAAUAUACACUGAAUAUUUUCAUAUAUCAUGAAGUUUUGAGUUGAUUUGUAUCUAGUUAUCAUCAAAAAAGUUUUUUUCAAUUUUACUUUGAGCUUCAUUACUUCACAUUAUUUUCCAAGAGCUAUAAUUAACUACCAAGAGAAAGCGAUAAGAAUAUAAAUUGAGAAUUUAGUUCAUAAAAAACUUAAAAACCAUAAAAUUAAAAAAAGGCUGGUAUGUAAGGAAAUCUGAUUAUUGAAAUACCGGAAACUGAACUAAGAUAGUGAAUUAAUUUAUAAUAUGGAAAAAAGUUAAUGACAUUAUUUAUAUUCAUAACGAUAACGAUUGAAUGAAAUAUAUCAUUUAUUUUUCAAAUUGUAGGCAAGAAGUGAUUUUAGUUUCCAAUGUUUGAAAGAUUAUUUUUGGAAAAGAGCCAAAGCAACGAUUUUUUUUAGAUAAUUAGCAAAAAGAAUUAUGCUUUCAAAAUAGUUGAAGAAUUGACUUACGUUUAAUCUGGGUACAUUUCUUUUGAUAAGCUUACAAUUCGCAGAUAUUAAUGAUUCAAGUUGAUAUAAAAGAUUUCAACUCAAACUUUCUUCAUCAUCCAUACUACAGUAAUUUUUAUCACUAUUAGUAAAACAAUUAGGUAAGUAGUGAAUGGAUGUUAAUAGUUUCAUUUCAGUCACUAAGAAUCUCAAACGCUCAAAUAUGACAUUGAUUGAGAAUCAUAUCAUAAUCGGAAAUAUUCUCUGGAGUCUUCGUAAUUAAUUUCAUUGUCCACAUCGAUGAUUGUUAUAAUCAGGGUUCAUUUUAAUAGUAGAAUUUUAUAAAAACUAUGUAGUUCAGCGCAUCGCGUCUUAAUUGUUUACUGUAUGUAUUUUUAGGUAUGCAAAUGUCUCAUAGGCAGUUCCUAGAUACGUCAGAAUAACUAGAAGAAAGUUUAAUAGACCUUAAAACGAAAUUGAUUCGUUAGAGCCCCAAAAUAAAAAUACGAUAAAAAACGAUAGUUACUAAACUAUUAGACAGGAGAGCAAACUAUGAGUUGCACCUUUGAGGCAAUAAAACAGAUAUAUAGUCACACAAGGUGAUAUAGAAUAUAUAGAAAGACCCUAACCAAAUUUGGGAAAGAUCGAAUGAACUAAAAUAUAUAUUCAUUAAAAGAAAAUGGUAGAAGGAAAGUUAACAUUAUACGAAUAGAACAUUUAUUGGGAAAAACUUUUAAACAAAAUGUACCAGUCCUUUAUGGCUAUCGAACAGGCUAUGGUUAAUAACUCGUGGAAAUGAGAGUAAGAAGCUAUUAUAUUUAAUAGAUAAUAAAUUGGAAAAAUCUAUAUUACAAGUACCAGAAAAGAGGAGAAUAUAGGAACCAGGUUCAUGUCCGAUCUAUUCAUUUUUCAAUGCACAUCAUUUUUAAACCCAGAAAUGCAUCAGAUUCUCCUCUUCAUAAGGGAAACCAGAGAAGCGGCGGAUCAAUACUGAAAAUGUGAAUAAAUGGGAAAACAUAUUCCAGUCACUCGAUGUUUGUGACAUUUAUUGAAAUUUAUUCAUAUUUGGAGAGAUUUUACUUACUAGUAAUUGUUUUAAACUACCAUCCCUUAUUGAAUAAUCUAACGAAUUGUCAAAAUUAGCUGGUUUAAAAAUGGCCGUCGUGGGGUAAACAAAUGCUUGUGACUUUAUGCUCUUCGUGGUUUGUACAGUUAUUUGUUAAAUUUUAUACGUUUAUAUUUUCAAUUUUAUUUUGAAUUGGCUUCUAAAAGCUACUUGAAUAAGUAUCAUUUUGCCUCUCGGAAACGUGGCUUUGUAUAGCACAGAGAAAGUAUUUUAGAAAAUUAUGGAAAAUGGGCAGGAUUCUGACUAAAGCUGUAAUGAAAAAGGGUUAACUUCACCUAAAGCCUGAAUAUUAUCCUUGUACCUUUCAGCUUACAAUCGGUUAUCACUUCGAACCCUUAAAAAGUAUGUUUCCUAAGCUCGAACGCAACAGUAGAAAUUAGUACAUAAUUUAAUGUUGUCAAUUGUUUGAAAGCUGAAUGAAAGGAAACUGCAAAGAUGCUCAAAUUAAGCUGUAUUAGUUCCACUGAUACACGAAGUAUUUAUAAUAUCCUCUGAAUACCAUAAAACAAACAACAAUACAGAAAACAAUACUUUCGGACGGAAAAAACGAAAACUAUUACGCAUACAUACGAGAUAAUCGAUUGCUUUGCCUACGGCGGCCAUUGUGUACUGUUUUUUAGAUUGCCGUAUAAUGUUUGACUCGCAACUCUAUAAUCAGUAAGGAGUUAAGAGGAUCAAUGAUCUUUGGAUACAAUAAUCGAUAGAAGUGCUCUAGAAUACUCAAAACAAUCUACGAAGAAUUCAAAUAGGAACGUUCGUACUAUUCUAAAUUAAAAUUGAAAUCUCCAGAAGUACAAAAACUAUUGUGUGAAAACUAUUUGUUGUAACUCGUAUUCUUUUGGGCUUGUUAUGAAAAAUUCUGCUUUCUUUUCGUUUGCACAAAUAACUAUUUAUUCCAUAUUAUCACUUUGAGUUGCAUAUGUGGAUAUUUUCUAUAAUAUUCUUUUUAUAUUUAUUCAUUAUCCCAUAGGCUAUGAAAUCGCCAUACGUUGAACCACAUAAUUUAGCGUGAAAAAUAACUAGAUUGAACAUAGCUUAAUGCAAAAGGGCACACAAAAAAAGUUAUAGCUCUUCAGAAGAACAAAAUAGAAACCAAUUUUCUUCAAUAUUUCAUAUUUAACAUUUUGUAAUGAACAUGGAUAGCAUUGCAUUCUUUCCGCAAAAAAAAAUAUAUAAAUGGUCCGAAUCAGUACAGACCAAAGAUAUUUAGAGGGGUUUGGAAGCCAUAAAACCUCCCAAACUUUCCUUUGCAUCAUAAUUAAUUUUGAAUUCUCAAACAUUUGUUCAUUUUGGCAGUUAUCACUUGUUUGAAAACCUAGUUCUUAUCAAGAUUUGGCUUCUUUUCUAUUAAGCUUCUGAAAUUCUCUAGUUGAGUGCUCAACAAUACUGGUCUCAACGAAUAUUUAGCUAACAGAUACCUCAAAAACUACAUAAUUCCAAUUGAAGCUCGUAUUUUUUCGAAUUUUUGAAUUAUUAAGUGAUUAAGAUUUUUGUUGACACAUAUGCAGAAAUCGUAGAUAUGUAUUUGAUAACGGGUUAAUUUGAUGAGGCUAGAACAGGUUUUCAAAUAUUUUUUGUGAAUUGGUAAUCAUUAAUUAAUGAAGUGCAAAGUGCAGCAGCUGCGAAGCGUGAUGCAGUGUAGCAGGCAGAAAACGAUUCAUUUCCAUUGAUCGCCUUUUGAUAAAGUUUUCUGAUAUUAAAAACCUUGGUACAAGCUCAAGAUGUUCGUUAUAUAAUGGUUUAGACAAAAUUUAAGAAACUUUAUUUUCAUUCUUAUCAAUUAACAGUAAAUUAGUAUUCACUAGAUGAAAAUUUUUCUAAAAUAAGGGGAUUUGCUACUGUUUUUUAACAUAAAACAACGGAAAUAUCAUUUUUUUUUCAUUACGUUUGAAGCUAUGCCCCUUCAUAACGAACAUAUAUGUAUUGAAGAGAAUCCGUUCUUAAAAGAGUUUCAUAGCAGAAGCCUACUGAUUAUUUGGUUUUAAGAAAGAGAACGUGCGUUCUGUUAAAAUAAUUUACUAAUAAAAAUUGACGCAUCCAUAGAACAAAUUGAUUUAGUCAGUAGACAAUAAUUCUCUUUUUCUUCUUGGAACAGCGCCAAAUGUAUAAUCAGAAGAGUGGAGGUCGUUUUGAACUUCAAUCUAAUCAAAUGAAUACUCAAUGAAAAACAGGUUGCAUUUCGAUGAAAACUGUCUUUCAGAAGUAGUCAAAAAUGAUGUAUGAAACCGAUGAAGUCAUAAUACUGAAUAUUUGUAUCGCAUAGAAAAGUUUGAUGCUUUUUAGAGGCUCAUAAUCUUCCCAAAAUGUUUAAAAGCUCUUCAGACAUAGUGGUUUUUAUAAGAACAGUUCAUGAUAUAUGGAAAAAAUAGAUUUCCGUUGUUCAACAGCUGUAACUUUUUUUGCAUGCAAAAUAUUUUUCACACCAAUAUGUAGUUAAUUCUUUUUUCAUCAUAUUCGUAAUUAUAACGGAUUUUAUUACUCUUGAAAGAAAUGUGCUGCUUUUAUUUAUUCAGUAGAAGUACGAAAAAAAUAAAGAUUAUGGACCUUCUGAAAGAAAUUGCACCUUCACAUAUCUAAAAUAAUCGAUUAUAUCUGCUAAUAAUUAUAAAUAUGUACCCAUAUUAGACAAAGAUCGUGUUUUAUUCCCAACUAUAAAGAAAAUAUAUAUUUUAGUUUGUCUCUCAUAGUUUUGUUUGACGUUUUUAAUAUAUUCUAAUAAUAUAUCAACUAAGAUCGCAAACAUAUCAGAAUCGAAUGAUUCAAAGUGUUAAGUCGUGAUAGGUCGAUAACUCGAUCGCUUAGAUAUACAGAAUUAGUUAUUAAGACAAAGGAUAUCUUUGAAAAUUGUUCAAAUGAUGCGAAAGAAAUGAAUUGAUAUCAUUCGGUGCUAAGCCGGUCCGUAUAUAAAUUUGGACGAAUCCAGAAAGUUGAUUUUUUGAAUAUUGUACGUGUAGUACUUUUCUACGUGCCUUUCCGGAUCUGAAAAAAUUGGUUGAACUUUCUAUAAUACCUCUAAUAUGCGAUGGGAUACAGGAAUUCUAAUAAAACUUUCUUUGUAGCUUUUUUCUACCGUUAAUAUUUGUUCAGAUAUAAAAAUUUCUUUAAUUUCUUAUUUCUUAGACCUUUUAAUAUGUUUAUGUUUCUGAAUGUUCUUGAUUAUGUCUCUUCUGUUUCAAAAUUAGUUUUUUCAAUAAUUUUGCAAUAGAAAAGACCUAAAUUCAAGAGCAUUUAGAAACAUAAAGAUUUCAAAAUUUAGAUCAUAGAAUUUGUUUUUUCUCACUUUCCCUCGUUUCAUGCGAGAUAUCAAAAACAGUUUUCUUUCAGUUGAUCUUAUAGAAAAAUAUGACCUAUAAAGUGUCAAAAAGUUGUCCAUACCAUUCCUCCAAGCACGUUCUUCUUCACCAUUGAGAUGCUUAAAAGAGUUUGCGCUCGAGCUUGAGACCGGCAAAGUAUGGAACUUCGUCUUAUUACUCAUUAUUCUAUCUACUCCAUUGAAGUCAGUUGUGUUUUGAGCGCCUCUACGGAUUUGUGAAUGAUGCUCUGAAUGUGACCAAAAAGAAAACUGACUAACGAAGAGCGUAGAAGGGAAUGUUAAGAGCAUGAAAAUAUGUAGUUACAAAGUCGAUCGAUUUAGAGGUUAUAUCUACCACCAGAUAGUAAUCAAACUUUGCUGUAUAUGGUGUUUAUACACAUGUAAAUUCAGUGAAUAUUUUGCGAUUACAGUAAACGACAAAGAAGUUGGAUCAUCUCCACUACUUCCAUCAACGAAAAACGCAGUACAUAUCAUAUAUUUACAGGUGGAAAAGUAGCUCUAGGUUUAGAAGCUUCCUUAAGAAUAUGGUUCGCGUCGAACAAAUUAUGGACUUACAGUCCAUGCGUAGUACAAGUGAACCACCUUCAUCAGAUCUUUUGAAACUAAACUGUAUGUGGAAGUAGAUGAACAGGUGUUGCUUCAAUUGUAGUGUGCGAAUAUACAACAAAGACGUCAAAGUCUAACCAUGUGAAUAAUUUCAUUACAUACUAAGAAACCGAAACUGCGCACCGAUUUACGUCGUGUCAUGAUAUUAACUAGAUUUCAAAUAUUAAUACGCUCUAAUAUUUGAGAUUUCUUUCAAUUCUGUCACAGGGAGGGAAAAAACAAAAAAAGAAGUUUCUAUAUCAGACAUUAUUAUUCUUUUGUCAAGAUGACGAAGAAGAUACAUUUAACGGCAAUUUAGAGUUGAGCUCACUGCACAAUAUUUAGAAAGCAGUUUUCUGGUUUUAGUAAAAAUAUUAUAUUCAAAAAGUAUGAAAACCUGUAAAGUCGUGUCAUCUGCCUCACUAAAUUGGAAUUUCUCCGUUGGAGUUAUUCAUUCUGAACACUCUUUUAACACCAUCACUACACCGACACUCACAAUUACACUGUCUGACGCGCGUUUAAUUGUGAUUUUUGGGGUAAUAGCAGUGUAAAAAGAGUGUACAGUGCAUCUGUCUAUCUUAUGAACUAAUAUUCUUAGUUCUGUGGUAUAUUGUCAAUUUAAUAGAAUGUGCAUCGCGUUAUGAAUUAUUUUUGGAGGAAUCACGAAUUUUGUGAUUAUAAUUUGAAGCAGCACGAAGCAGAUGCAUGAUCAGUAGUGUAGAACUUGAUUUCAUUUUGUAUUUUCCAUUCAAGCAAAUUCUAAAGUUAUAAAUCGAUAUUUUUGACUUUUUUUUGCACUUAAUGGGGAUUAAGAAGAAUUGUUUUUUUUCUUAUGCCAAGUCCGCCACUAAGCUAAAUUACCUAAUGACCUAUGUUACAGAAAACGUUUUUAAAGAUAUCCAAUAUAAAUAUUUAUAUGAAUAUACUUUAUUACGAAUACAUUCAAGUACAACAAAUUGAAUUACUUGCUGUAUUUUUCAAUUAAUUUCUGUUGUUACGAUAUGAAAAUAAUGUUUUUUCUUUUCUUCUCCAAUGGAUUUGAGAAUAUAUUUUUCAUAAUUUCUCAGAAGGUACCAAUUUUACAUGUUUAAACUCCUCAUAUUCUAUAUAAAUAGUUCUUGCAUUUACAAUUGCUUAGUUUUAAAAGCAUCCAUAAACUAUUCAUUUUUGGAGAAUGAGAAAUAGAUCUUUGAGGGCAUUCUCUUUAAACAAGUUAACAGACGUCAACAGUUUACUUUCUGUAGGAAUUCUAUCUUAAAAAUGAAUUUCAAGCAAGUAAAAUGAUUAUUACUAAAUUUCAAAAUCUUAUGGUAGUCGUGACAUAACUUGUUUUACAGUUUACUCAACCUCAACCACAGAUUUCACGUGUAUCCAUAGUAGGGACAGCUAAUCCAUGAGUACUGCAGUACGUUCUCAGAAGAUAAUUCAUAAUACUAUGCUAUCUUCUUGCAAUAGCAAACGAAAUGCCGUUCAAUAGCCUUUAGUGAAAUUGACCAGUUGAAUAAUUGACUUACCUUCCGAUAUAAUUCUGUUGGUCCAAAAUAGUGGACUGAUUUAACUGGAGAAACUUCCUCAAAUCAGUCCAACGGAAUGCGUAAUGCGGAGGAAAGGUGCCGAGUGUGUGUGUGAUUUUGUGCACUAUGGAAGUUGUUUUUACCUCUUUAAACUUCAAUAGAUUUUAUUAAUAAUCAUCCGACAAAAAGAUGGAAUUAAAAACGAGUGUAGGUCAUAAUUAAAUGUUUAAAACGUUUAACUCUAGAUAAUUAUGACAAAAGAUUGGAUUUAAUAUAGUAAUAUAAAUCACAGAACAUGUGUUAUUAGGAUCAACGAAUAGUUUGGUUAAAUUUGAUGUUGUUUAUUGUUUGGAUAUACAAAAAGACAUAAUGGACAUAUGUCUAAGAUUAUACCCCAUAUAAAAAUAUUCAGUCAAGUUGAAUAUUCAAUAGUUUAGAUGUAAUCUGUUCAUAACAAUAAGUAUAUGCUUUCGAACUAUGAAUUCAAUCAUUUCAUCGUUUCUACUGAUACUAUUGUGUAUACAAUAAUCAAUCGAACUAGAAGAUCAGGUUCCCAAAUCUUGUUAUAUCUUCAUGACCAGUACCCAAACAAAAUCUGCAAUUCUUUUUAGCAUAUAAUAAUAAGGCAUCAGAUCCUAGUUACUUGUGCAUAUCCAUUACAUCAUGUAGAAUUUGAUUACGAAAACAAUACACCUCUGUCUUCAAGAUCGAUACGCCGCUCGAUCAAUACACUGCGUUCAACCCAAUCUUUCACCGAUUUCUUUUAAUUAAGAUUAAUGAUUUCGCACGUCAUUCUUGUCCAAAAUGCUAGUAUGGAUGUAUACAGGUAGUAAAUAUUAUUUUUUGUUGGGUUACCUCAUGUAGAGGAACGUUUUUAAUUGUGUCUGUAAUUGUAAAUGGAAGGAAUAAAUAGAUAUUUUGAGGAAUGUGUCAUACAACUAUCUUCAACUAUCUUUUUUCUUCGUUUCGCAAGCUUGAUUUGAUAUUGCUUUUAAACUUUAGACCAAGGUACGUGCGCCUUGUGAAACAUAUUUUUUUCACUACCUAUAUAAUUAUGAAUAGAUUCAUCAUCUAAAAGAACCUGCUCAACAUUUUUCUCAGAAAAUAAUUGGUAAAAUCGAGUGGGAUUUUCUAGAAACAUCAGUACUUAUCAUGGCUUGAUAUUAAUAACGUGAUUUGUAAACGCUUUUAAAACAGUAAACGGUCUGUCAGACCCGUUUUAAUCGGACGCGGUUCGUUCUCAAAACAAACCGGAAACGAUUGAAGCCUUGUCAAACUUACACUUCCCAAAGUUUAUAUGACUUUCCGUUUUAUACUUGUCGAUUCAGAUAUUAUGAAGUUAUAGCCAUGUUUGAGCUGUAUGGAAAAAUGAAAAAACGAAGGAGAAAUAUAAGAAUUCAUUGGGUGCAUCUUUUCAUCAAUUUGCGCCAAAAAUUGGGAGCACUCAAAACUCUUUCCCGAAGUUAAGAGAAACGAAAACAUUUUUUUUUAAUAUUUUUGGAUUAAUACGAAUUAUUGAUAAUAAUUUUUCUAAAAUUAGAUGCUAGAUGAAAUAGCAAUAACAAUCACUUUCAGAUCCACUGGUUAUUGGGAUGAUACCAGAACAAAUCGUGCAUAUGUGAACGUUUCAAUUGGCUUCUGUUCCCCAGACAAAAGCUUAGAUCUGAUCGAAAACUUUUGAAAUCUAUUCCUAUGGUGGGAGUAUUACAACAGACAACGAAACAGACCUUACAGUUGCUUUUUUGGUCAUAAAUUCUACUGAGAGUCAUCUUAGGACUAGCAAAAAGACCUAAAAAACAUUAAAACCAGUUGACAACAUUUUUUUGUUAUUCUAUUAGAAGUGUAGAAAAGAAUAACAAAGAUAAGUAUUAACAUAAAUUACGUUUAACACUGAACUAGCAAAAAUCCAAUAAUUCAUAGAAGGCCUUUGGUUGCAUAUUGGACAUAAAAUAUCUUCGACAUCUUUCUUAACAACUCAAAUCACUCUUAAGGCACUGGCCAUCGUAGGAACUGACGUAGUGGCCCUUUUUAAGGACUUAUACUGACUACAAGAACUUUUUCUUUUAAAUAAAAACAGUUUAUUCUUUUUUAAAAAUACUAAAAUGUUUUUGAGGUUAUAAACCGCAAGCCACUUCAAAAUGGAGGCUCCAUGGCAUCGUAAAGUGAAGUUGCAGUCUCGUCUGUGGCAGUAACCAAAUAUUGGCGCAAAAUUUGAACUUUUCUAACUUAUAAAUGUGAAAAGUUAUGAUAGUGGGUCAUUUUAGGUGCAGGUAUCUUAUUUUAUAUCCAUAUUUUCAAAAUAUAUUGUAAUAUUAACAUCAUUAUUAUGAAAUUAUUUGUUUGCCUGUUUGUAUAGGUAUUUAUCUAUUUCUAAUUCAUGAUUCUACUCUUGUAUUAUUAAUGAGCCGUUUUCUAGCAAUUACCAAAGAAGAUAAGAUCUAAAAGACUCUAGAAAAAAAUAACAAAAUGAUCCACUUAAUCGUUUUUACAAAAAAAUUGAUGUAUUUAAUGCAAAUUUUCUACCUGUUCAUGAUAUAGUAAUUGAAUGUAUUCCGUACAAAAAAAUAUUUAGAUGUAGGUUUAGAGUUAAGUCACAUAUUAGCCCGCAUCACUUACCCCGUCUGUUUUUUUGAUUGAUUUUGUACAUUGGAUUUUAUUGGACUUAGAAGUCGUGACUCUAGUGUCAAUUCCCCAUUAUAGGAUAUAUGUGCAAAAAUCUAUAUCUAAUUUUUGCCGUUACUAUAAAUACGUUUCGGAACCAGAAAGUAUUGCUCAUUUAUGUAGAUAAUGUUGUAAAUGUAACAAACACAUACAGAAUAUAUUUUCAAUUGAUAUUAACAAGAGCCCGUAAUUUACUAUUAGAAAGAAAGAGGUUAAGAUUACUGAAGAGAUUCUCACAAGAUAUUUUACCAUAUUCGAAUCAAAAAGACAACCAAGAUAACAAAAAUUACACUUUGGUUUUGGAUUUUAUCAAAUAUUGGAACUAAAAAAGUAUAAAAUCGUUCGAAAGCAAUUUUAUUUCUGAUUCAAAAUGACAAUAUACUCAUUACGAAUAUCCUAAAACAGACUAUUCCGAAAGUGGACAGUCUCAAUGAAUCAUUCUAUAUUUGCACCCUCCAAAAUCAGUAUUGAAUUUAUAAAUUUCGCUUAAUUUAUAUAGAUAACUAAUGCAAAUAUCACUGAAACAAACUUCACUACAGCAACUAGAAAUUAUUAGCUACUAGGAAGACAUGUUUUUCGAUUAAUUAUAUUCAAUUUUAUUAUAAUUAAGUUCUCGAGGAAAAACUACAGAAAUAUUCACAACAUGAAUUUCAAUAUUAAAACGCAUAUCAGUAGAAACAGCAGGUAGAAACUGAUAACAACCCAAGGAAAUAUGAAAGAAAAGAGCUUAAAUCAAAGAUGGUGUGACGUUGAAAUGGAAAAAAAGGAACUAGUUCAAUAAAUUAGUAAGAAAAGAUUGAAACGGUGUAUAGAAAACGACGAUAGAGAAUUACUAGUAAUGAACAAAGAACUAUGAACUAUUUUUGUUCAUAAAGUUGGUUAGAUUCAAUAAUAUCUUAAAACACUCAAAAUAAACUAAAGAAAGAGAAGUAAUUCACAACGAAGUGAUAUACCAACUGGAUAUACAAGUUUGUAAUAGUAAAUGAAGGGGAAAUUUAUCUAAUACACUAGAUAUAAUGUCUACGUCUAGUCAAUAUCAGACCAAUCAAAUUAGCUGAUUAUACCUCAUGAAAGCAACAUUUGAUGGAAACUAUCGGUCCUAAAUUAUAAGCAUGAAACCAAGCAAUUCGAACUAGAAUACUCCAGAUAACUCAAAGAGAAUAACUAAAAUAAUGGUCAUAACAGAAGAUCGAGGUUACUGAUAUUAUCAAUAUAGUUGAUGUAGUUGAAGUUACCCAAAAUAUGAUUUUUGAUCAAGCUGAAACAACAAUCUUAGGAAAUUACUCGAACAAAGUGAGUCAAUACAGUGAAUCAUAGACAACAAUUGACUUAAAUGAUGAUAUUGUGGAUAAAUAUUUAGACUAGAGAAAUUAUAAAAAUAAGGUUCGAUAGUUUAAGAGUAUAAAAUCUUACAAUUACCUUAGAUUAUCUAAAUGUGUGUUACAUAAGGUCAAUUUUGACGAACUAUGUAGAAGAAGGUAACGAUGAAAAAUUCAAGAUAAAAGGCAUCUAAAACUAGAAAACGAUAAUAACAGAAAACUUAUAGAACACGAAUAGAGUUGAGCGGAAGAAAGAGGAGGAAAGCUGUGGUCUACGAUAAUAUUAGAUCGAAAAUACUAAGAAAUGUGUAUGGAAUAGAUCUAAAAACGCCAAUAAAGUUGUAAAGAUGAAUAUGGAUGGAAUAAAAAAUUCCGACAGAUUGAGAAAAGGUAUAACUUGACUACUUUUUUGAAUUGGUGAAAAAAAAGACAUUGCUAAGUGUGGUAAAGUCCACGAAAAUAUAUUAGAUACAAACUAAAUAGACAGCCGAUUAGAGAAAUUGCAAAGUGUUUUCAGAAAAGGAAAUCUAAUAAACAUUGAGAAUUAUACAUCAAUGAACGUACAUAAAUUAAUCUCUUGACCAUUUUUUAUACAUGGUACUAGUGGUUCUCACAAAGUCUGAAAUGAAGUACUCGAGUUAAGGCAAAGGUGUUACUGAAAGGGAAACGAAAUAAUAGAAGACUUAAAUAGAGAAACUAUAAUUGAAAUAGGACGCACAAGAAAUCUUUGCCCAGAGGAAAAAAUGCAAUGACGGAUGUUACGAAAAUAACUUGAAAUGAAAAAUAGUUGCAGAAAUUUGGAAUUAAUAGAAAUACACACACAACCAGCACCCACAUCAGGUUCACGCGGACUUACGAUGAUAUCUAAGUUUCUAUUUCAAAAUUCUACUUUGUUAUAAAUAUUUUCUUGAAAUAUCAAUCAGUAUUCAGCUUUCGUCAAGUUUAUUAUUAUAACAAGACAAAAAAUUAUUGUAUUCACUACUAUAUUACAAACAAAAUGUUGUUUCUCACAUAUAACGGACUUAACUUAUUCAAUACUGUCGUUUAUUCGCUUUUUGGACUCACUUAUGAUCAGCGUUGUCCAAAUCAAAUAUUAGCAGUGAGUGAGUGGUUUUCUAGAGCCUCCUCAACUCAAAUCGAAUAUCCCUUUUUCGUAUUCUUUCAGACAAUUUGAACUAUAGAUUUAAAAUCUAUUCAUCGAUUCCCGAAAAUAAAAAUACAAGAUUUUUUUGAAACAUAUACAGUGUGUUCUGGGAUUUGAGGCAAAAAAUUGUGAGUAGAUGGCGUAAAAACCAUGUUGUGACCGCUCGUUUGUGAGUUAAAUGCCUUCAAAGUUGCGAAAUCACAACUUAUAUUCGAAUAUAUUUUUUAAAUCAUACAUAGUUUUCUUAGCGGAAUAAAUAAUUCUACACUACUAUUUGAAGGUUAGGGGCGGCUCAUGCUCAAUGGUUAACAGUCCGUAACUGUUACAGGGACAACCUGUACAAUCUAAAAAUAGCAAAAUAAAUGUUUCAAUUGAAUUCUUAACAAAAUAGUACUAUUUGUGUAAAUCGAUAAAAUGUAUCGUUUAGGAGAUAUUUUGAUUUCAAGAUCAUUGUGCAUGCCAAGGAAAUCGUUCGUGAUGAAGAAAAUUAUCCUUAUUAUUGAGAAUAUGGCAUGUACACCCAUCUAAAAAUCUAAAUGUCUCUUAAAUAAUUAAUUUUAUCGAGUUAAGCAGAGUUUAUUUGAAACAGAUUAAUAAAUUCAUUUCUACUGUAUUUAGAUUGUACAGAUUGUCCCUGUAAAAAUUACGGAAUGUUAACCAUGGGUAUGAGCAGCGCCUGGCCUUUGGAUACUAGUGUAGAAAUAUUCAUUUCAUCAAAUACACUACAUGCACAUACUCAAUCGUCAAAUGAAAAUUCAUAAUGUCCAAAUGUGUAAUUUGGAAAAUAUUCUCAAAUAUAAAUUCUAAUUUCGCGGUUUUAAACGCCUAUAACUCAGAAACGAGGUAUCUUAUGAGAAAUUUUUUUAUGUCAUAGCAUUAUUUUAACUUCAUCUACUCACUCCAGAAUUUUUUGCUUCAAUUCCAGUCCUAUAUAUUACGCGAAGUGUAGCUUUCGAAUUAAGUUGCAGUACAUACUGGAGGAUUUUUUCAGGUGACAUCUAUAAUGUUAGAUUUCGCAGCUUCACACUUUUUAGAGCUUUUUUCAAUAAAUAAUUUCCCAAACAUCUGUAUCUGUCCAUCAUAUUCUAUAGCACAACUAGUAUAUAUAUUUAAAACAGCAAGAAAUGUUUACUAGAAGCAGUUUUAAAUUGGUUGGAAUGAUACGGUUUGAUUAGUUUCAUAAUUGAACUUCAGUUUUAAAUAUAUCCAAUUCCUCUUCGUAUCCAUGACAUCCUGGUACAUCUACACGCAUUUUUUAACAUUAUUUUGAAAAUAUAAAAACUAACAUGAGGUUAUUGUGGUUAACUUAGAGUAUUUUUGUAAAUUUCUGUUAAUUCACUUUGUAUGAUCAAGUUUCACUGAAAUUGAAUAUUUGAUAUCAAUUUUCAUGACAAAUGUCAAUUUUUGAACUGUUUAUAGAUCGAUUAAUGAAUACAUUGAUUUAUCAUAUGACAAAGUAUCAAAAAUUUGGAGUAUAGCUUAAAUUUUUAAUUUCUUUUAUAAGUAAAUUUCAUAGAAGUGAGUGAAAUAUUAAUAAUCGAGCCUUGUCUCGUUCCAAUACACAAAUAUCCACAUAUCGAAUACAAGCUUAAAACCUUUCAUAUGGAUAAAAAAAGAUGAUGUUUAAAAAAUAAUAAUUUCUUUUAUUGAUUAUCAUAUUCUUUAGGCCAAAAUCAAACCUAGAAUAUGCUAUAAUAUGCAUGAAACAAAUUCACUUUUUAAUCAAAAUAAAUUGUAAAACAUUUUGUAAUUGUCGUCCAGAUACUUGGUAGAAAGAAAACAUCCUAAAAAAUCCAGAAAUUUGUUAAUUGGAACGGGACUAGUUUAAACCAUUAAUUAAAUAUAUUAAAAAGUCAUAUAAAAUCCAAUAUUAAAAAAUAUUUGUGCAUAAAAUAUUUGUUAUCAAUGAUUAUUAAGUGCUUCGCCGUAGAUAGUUACAAAGUAUGAUACAAAUUAUAAAAUUUAUGACAUUCCACUUACAAAUUUUUUAAAAACAUCUAGAAAUUUAACUAGCACCUUCACCAAAAGUUUCAGUAUCAAAAUUUUCUUGAUAUGUGUUUUCUUUCAAAAUUUAUAAGUGGAAUGAUCUAAACUGAAACAACAGGCGACUUCAGUCACAUCGAAAACAUUCUUAAAGAUCUCUAUGUAUCAUCCUCAUUCUUAAAUGUGCCUGUAUAAGAUUGAACAUUUACAUAUCGAAAAAGCAGGGCAUUUUUACACAUUAUCUCCUUAAAACAUUUGCAAUUCAGUAAAUGUUAGUCUGUACCAUCAGUUUAUAGAACAGAGUUGAAUAGACUGGAAGAAUUUUCAAAUUAUAGAAGCUAUAUGAAAUGUAUUUGUUAUGAGUCAUGUAUUUAGUUUGUUUGAUAAAAAAAAUGUGUCACGCUCAGUUAAGCUCAUAUUUUUUAGAUGAAAAGAAGACAAUUUCAUGAUUAAAACGAACUUGAUCAUUUAAUGUACUUAGAGAUAUUUUAAUUCAUGGUUCCACUCCAUUCCAUAGAAACUAAUUUCCACGUGUGAUGGUUUUGAGUAAUGAAAACAUCUAGAAAUUAAAAAUAAUUAAGUUUGACGAAUUGGAUAAUUCCAAUUAUCCUCAUGUAAGAAUGGGAAUUCGGUUCACGGGUUGAACCGCGUUAGAAUUUUAAAAAUUCCCGACGUUUCGGCUCCCACUUUGGAGCCAUUAUCAAGAGAAGGGUGGGGAUCGGGUGGUUAUAGGUUCAUUGAUAACAAGUGAUCUGAUUCUGUGGUCUCAAUCUGCCUACUCCACGCAAAGAAUCACCUUUUUUCCUGGUUGGUUCCAAGACCUCAAUCUGUAAACGAAGCAACUGGUUCGCAAUAUUUCUUAGUCUCUUUCAAGAUCAUUCUGUUACAUUCGAAAACACUGCCAAAGUUACAUCUCAUGUCACCCAGAUCUUUUUGUGACUCAAGAUUUUUCACCUAGUUAAUAAUAUCUUGUUUUUGACGUUGAUGUACAUAUCCUCACGUAGAAUGUCUUUGAAACUUUUAAGAAACUUGUUAGAAAACUUUUGAUUGCAGCUACUGAUAUUUUUUCUGCUUAAAUUUGAUCUGAAGGGAUUCUAUACUCCAUUAACCAAUCUCUUUGAAACUUCCUACGUGUUCUUGAAGAAGUGAUAUGAAUUGAACGUUACUAUUACUAAAACUCCUAUUUUUUUCAUGUUUUCAUACCAUUAUCUCGGAUAUCGUUCUUCAAAAACCUCAAAAUUUUGCUGUAAAAGUUUUAUUUGUCCGCCAAUCCAAUUUUUAAUUUUUGUAAUUGGAAACUCAAGUACAAUUACAGGGAAUGAGCUUUUGUUAUAAAUUUACUGCUACUAAUGGGCUGGAAAAACGUAAAUUAACAACUUGAACAGUUUUGAUUACUCCCACUCAAUAGCACAGUUAGUAAGAUUGUUUAGACAUUAAUGAAGAUAAGACGGCUCAUUCCAGUUAAAACGUGUCUUUAAGUGAAGACCAAUAGACCUAGAAGACCUAAAUCAAUAUGGAAAAACCAGAUACAUAAAGACUUAUAAGUACUGGAGUCCGCGUUUUUGAAGAAAGUAAUGAGAAUGAGUAGAAAAAAAUGGAACACAAGGUAAAAAACCAUCUCUAUAGCAGAAAUGAGUGGAACGAGACAAGAAGAAGAAGUGGGCGAUAAUUUUUUUGAGGAGUUUUGAGUCAUCUAAAUGAUAAAAAUAUGAUCGCGUUGUAAUUCUUGGAAAUAAUAUUCGUACAUUCGGAAACUCUAACGAUUUUUGUCAAAAAACUCGUCAAAGUUGUUCACGAAUCCCAAUUAAUCGAUAAUUAGAGGUCGAUUAGUUAACAGUUGGAUGACAGAUGUGAAUAAAUAGUCAAGUGUGCUAACUAGAAGCCCUCAUACUUUCCAGCAAACUCACUUUGUUACUUCUGAAAGCCAGUAAACUAACAGCCGUCCGUCUUCAAUAUAUAGACAAGUUAGAAACUUAGUUCCCCGUUAUUGCUAUAGUUUUUACAACAAAACUUGAGUAACUCAUGAAAAACUGUCUUUCAUUACUGCUUAUAUUCCUAGUUGUUGCUAUUUUAUUUUUUGGAAAAAAUGAAGCUGACAGUAAGACCUCAUAUGUUGUUGUGUGCGUUCUCCCAAGAAAUUGAUGGUUUAUCAUGUCUUUUAUUUGUCUCGAUGACACAUCACUGACACCUUCAAAUACCCAGAAUCUAGACCCUAAAGCGAUAAAUGAUGAAAUGAUAACUAAUAGUAAGACUACAAUAAGGAUGAAGUGCAAUUAACUGAAUGUGGAACUGAUUGUCUGAAUGGAAACAACAUAUUUGACUAUAUUUUUUAAUUAGAACUAUAUAUUUCGUAUGAUUUUCAUGUCAAUUAUGGAAUAUUUUUGAAGCAAAUACUCAAAAGUCUUUCAUUCAUGGACUGUGAAAUAACUUACAAUAGAAUAUCAGUUAUAUUAAAUAAAGCCGGUACUACACGAUGCGUCCAACGUUCGCACCAGCAUUCAUCUUCAAAUGUAGACUGAAGAUUGGAUCUAAACCUUAAGUUAUGGAAACGUGGCAAAAAAGUGAUAAGCAGCAUUCAACAGAUAUAAACUCUUUCAAAAUAGAAUUGAAGAUACUAAAACUUUGACGCGGGUCGGAAAAAUCAUCAGUCGAUUGACCACGCGAUGCGUCAAAUCAUACCAUCGUCCAACGUUGAGAGCUUUAGACACAUCGUAUGGUACCGGCUUAAAAUAUGGGUAGAAAAAUUUAUUCACUUCCUUGUUUUUUUUAUAUUUAACUCUACUCUUUUCAACUCUGUUCGCAACCAAGAUGGAUACUCUUGAUAUCAUAUUUUUAUAGAAGGUUUUUUGGCAGUCUGGGUUGAUCACUUGAUUUAACAGAUCAAGUUGCAGAGUUUAUUGAAAAAUGAAAGCUGGGAAGAUGUAAGAAAUUAUAGUGUGCAUUGCCAAACAGAAAAUUUGUUUUGUAAAGUACUGAUAGUUUAAAUCGGACUCAAAUAUUCUGGAGAAGAAACGGGGAUCAGAUUAUUGAUAUAGAAAUUUGAAAUAAUUUUCCAAGCUCAUUCGAUUCUUUACUCAUUAUGUCAUAUUGAUUAUGUAAUUGUGAGUUAUCAGAUUGGUUUAAUGUAACUCUCUGGAAUUAAUAUAGAGGUUAUAAGAAUAUUGAGAAUUGUUAAUAUAGCCAAACCACUAAUCAUUUAAUAUACUGUGCUGCAAAAUUAUUGCUGGAUGGUUGGUUUCAACUGACUGAAACAAGUUUAAUAUCUAGUUUUCUAUUGCAAUUUGAUACAUUUUAUGUCAUAUUUGGGUAAAUCUGGGUGACAGUUCAUCUAACGCCCUAGAUGAAUACUGUAAAGCUCUAACUUGCUGAUUUAUGAGUGUUCAUUCAUUAAGAUUUUACGCUGUCCAAUCCAAAGUGAAGAUAUCUACUUGCUAGAGAUGAUUUUCCAUAGUCUUAGCUACAUGUGGACGUAUUAUCAUCCAUGAAUAGCAUUAUAUUGGAUGCUAAAAUGUCACCACACCCACCGGUAUAUCUUAGAUUAUCUUCAGUGGUCUAUGGACUCUUUCCAAUAAAGAAACAGAAUCAAUAAACAAACACAUCUCCAUAUACAACUGCUCCAAUUUUCUUACUGCCAGCAUAUGGUGCAUUUUUAGUACCUGCAAUUUGGAAAAUAGAUUUUGAUUAUUUGACCAUAAGAGAAAUGAUGGAAUAAGGGAGAUAUGUGAUAUCCAGGAUGUAGUGAGAUGGCUGAAUAAUCGGCGAAGGAAAUGGAGAGACCAUGUGGACAGAAUGUCAGAUGACAGGUUGGCAAAGAUUGCACAGAAACAAGAGCCGAAUACAUCUCAACCACCAGGACGACCACCUACAAGUUGGUGUGAAAGCUGGUCUUCAUCAUCCCAGAUCUUCUUCGGUUCGUACCGGUUACGACAUCGAUAAAAAAAAUUGAUGAAUAUGUCGUAUAUUAUUUUCAAACUAUCGGCUUACAUUCAAAUAUUGUUCUACAACAUUUUACAAAAUAUGUAUUACUUUUGUGAGCCAGUAUAGUUUUUGACCACUCCCUAUGAUAUGUUUUCGAAUAUAAUAUAACAAAUACGAGUAUUGAUUUUUGAGUUUACAUUAAAACUGAAUCAGAAAGGAACAAAUGCGAAAAAAGUCUCAGAUCGACAAACUACUUUGCUCCAUUACCAAAAGUUGAACCGAGCAUUUCUUUGAAUAUCUGUUGAGUAACGCCUUUUUUAAAAUUAUUAAAAAUCAUCCAACUUAAGCCUAAACGGGUAAUUUCCAUAAUUGUACAAACGUUUUAUAUUCUAUUAUUAAUAACUUAGUCAAUUUUUUAAAAGCCACUGGCUUCGCAAUAGCAACCUCAAUAUUCUCAAAUAAAAUAAUGAUACAACUUGUUAACUCCAGCUUCUUGUUCUACUAUAAAAAAUUAAAAACCAGCUCUCAUAUCAAUAAUAUUUUUGUAACAAGAAGUAUUUUUAAUAUGGCGUUAUAUGGUCGAUGGUUCGAAAGGCUGAUUGCUAACAUCCCCGUUUCUUAACCUGUUUUUUAAAUAUAUAGGUACUUAAAAUGAAGACGUAGAUAUUAGAAUGUAUCAAACGUAAAAUAAUAAGUGUAGUUAAUGUAUUAUAUAGCCGUAUCUUUGGAUGUAAAUUAUUUGUUUCAAGUUAAAACGAAGGUGCUUUCUAGAAAAAAAAACAUUGUAGUGAAGAUGAUUAUUCUCAAAUAUGGAAAAUUUAUCACUCAUUUUCAUUAUUAAAGAGCGAGAAUGCUGAAUUGAAUCACUGAAAUACUGGAUGCCUAUUGAUAAACGUAUUUCUCACAACUUGUUCUUUCAAAUUUUGAUGCGGGAUUAGAUAUUCAUGUCUGAUUUUUCUAUUAUAAGAACAUUCUCUUUAUCAUACAGUAGUCGAUUUCUAAUUAACCUUAUGAAUGAUUAAAUUAGUGUAAGAAAAUAUAAUAUUGAAGAAAAAACCACUAAAAAUUUUGUAAAAGGUCUUGAACUGUCGUAACGAGGGUAUCGCUUAGAAUGAGUUCCAUUUCCAUGGUAACUCAAAUAACACUAAAAAUCAAUUUGAACUAAUACUAAAAACUUCAAUCUUCAAUCUCUCAAUGGCAGAAAGAACUUACAACUUACUAUAUGUAUUUGAUGUAUCAACCUAAUUCAGAAUAUUUCCCAAAUACUAAGAGUCGUCUUUUCGAGGCAUUACUGCUUCAAUGGACACCUGAAAACGCCAGGUUUAGCAAAGAGAUGCAGAUAGUGCAUAGAGGACAAAACCUCUAUCCACACGCUUCUAAAGUUUGAAAAACUUCGGAGCUCCAGAGGAUUACAUUGAAUAAUUUAUUAUUUAUAAAAUCUGUAAUAGCUAAAGCCAAACAUCUAGAUAAGGAGCCGGCUACAAAAAACAGGAUCGAACUUUGCUGUCCUUAAGAAGUGGAGUUUGGUGAAGUACUAAGUUGGGGCCGCUAGUUUAGAAGCUGAAAUGACGCGUAUCUUAUCAACCCUGUUUUUUGUAGCCCUCUCUAGAACUAAUCUAUGAUAGUUCUUUGUUUAUAAAUUUUGAUAUGGUUCAUAUAUACUAUGAAGUCAACAUAAUAGAUAAUAGGGAAGGUAGUUGUUUUCUUCGAGGGAAAACGGAGCAGAAAAAUCCACUUUUUUAUUUGUUUCAUUAAGUUCUUAUAAUGCAUUUCUGAUAAAACAUGAAACAUUUAUUCAACUACAAUCGAUUUUCAAAAAAUAAUGAAAUUAAAUAAUCAACAAUUUUGACAUACUAUCAACAAAAUGGUUGCAGUCAGAUUUUAUGAAUGAUCCUUUUAUAUUAAUUAUAAUAUUGAAUUGCAAAUGUGAUACAUAUAAUUAUGAAUAGGACAAACAAUAUUUCAAGAGAUCGUUACCUUUUUGCAGGCGGUAAUUUCCAAGACUGAGUAUUUUAGAAUGAACUUUCAUUGUCUUUUUGCGACACUUAAACCACAUUUUCAACUCCAUUGUUAAUAAAUGAAACAACCAAAACAAUUUGUUGUUAUGAUGAAUUUUUUUGUGGAAAUGAUGUUGCUUCAGUAGCAGUUAUUACAUAAAACAAUACCGAUGAAAUGAUUGAAUUGAAAUCCUCCUUAUAUUUGGAACUAAAUUAUCUGUUGAAAUUUCAAUCUGGUUUUACUUUUUAUAUGUUUUUUCAAUAAUUUUUGAAUCUGUGAUAAGCAAACUGAAUAAAAAAUUUCUUAUUUUUUUAAAAAUUUCAAAGAUACUAAGAUUUUUGGGGUUAUUGCAGUACUUUAAGUGGGCUCAAAAGAGACCAAUCGAUCGUCCCCAAGUGUCAUUUUGAGGAUGCUUAAUCGGUACCAAAAAACUAAAACUGUUUCCCAAAAACGAAGAAAAUGAAGACUCAGAAUAACAACUCUUAUUGUUGACCGUUAUCUGCGACUUGCAGUUUUUAAGAAUCCUCGUGAUACCUACAGAAUUCUGGGAAGAAGACUUUUAAAUGAUGCAAUGAGAAACAAAUGUUAUCUUGGACAUUGGAAAACAAACACUGAACCUAAUGAAUACAGGAAUGCAAUUGCCAUAGAUUAUAUUCGUUAAAUAAAUCCAUUGAUUCCCUUACAUCAAAUUUCGAAAGAUUUAUUCUUUUCGAAGAUGUAUAAUCAUAAUCUACACAGGAAUUUGUUUUAAUGACCGUGCAGAGUUGGUUAUAUUGAAUAGAAAAAUGACAUAUAUAAUGAUUAAAGUAGUAGCCAAGAUACUCCAUAAUUUCAUGCCGCUAUAGACACUCAUUUUUAUUUUCAUCAUCUAACUCUUCCACUAAGGUUCCGUUCAGGAUACGGGAUCUGAUCUGAUAGAGUUGGGAAAAGUUAUGAUCAAAACUCCCACACCAUUUUAAGUAUUCUAAUAUUAAAGAAUAAAUUUUAUGGAUCAUUUUUAGCAUUUAAAUGUUAAUAAAUAUAUAACCUUUCAAGAAAUAUCAUCAAAUUAUUCUAAGCUAGGUCGUCAAAUAGAAAUUAAUGAAUUUCCUCGAAGCUGCUAAAUUGUGAAAUAUACGACAUAAAUUUUAGAUUUAAAUAGAAAACUUUGAUGUAUAUUAAGAAUAUUAAAUCUAAAUGAAUAUUUAGUUAUCAUUAGUUGAAAUAAAUUAUUUAUCCAAUUAUUAUUUUCUAAUCAACAACAAUUUGAAUUGCAUCAGAUAAGAACAUUUCAGUCUUUUAUUGUAUAAUAUGAUAAAGUACCCGUUCGUAAUAAAAUAAUAAUCAUACUGUCACUAUAAAAAAGUGAAAUAGUUAUAAAACCUACCAAAAGCACACAAAUUUUCAUUAAAAUUGUUUAUUAAUAGUCUAUUCACCAUCACAUGAAAAAAUAUGAUGUUAUAAUAUUUGUAAUAAAUUUUCCAAUGGAUAUGAACAGUAUCAUCCACUGUUCUAUAUUUGUUGCUAAUGUAUUCAAGUUAUUAUAUGAUAAAUGAAAUGGUACUGUUGAUGUUCUAUACUUUAUUAAACACAGUGUACUGAUAUUUCUCGAUAUCUGAUUGAAUCUAUUAAACUUUAUUGUUAUGGA